AUUAGUUAGAAAGAUUGCACAAUGGAAUGAAGAAAUACAACGGAUGCUUUUUGUAGGUGUUGCCGUUUUAGACUACGUUGUACGAGAAGUUACUGAUGUUUAUUUUUCUCAAGCAUGAGCUGGAAGCCGGCGCAGGUUCUUACAAGCUGCAUUAAGACAUUUGUUUUGAUUGUCGUUUUAAUAAAUCCGUUUCGUUUACUGUAGUUGCGCAGUCGUGCUUGCACACAUGAUGGGAAAGGGAAGACGUCUGCAAAUCUCUUCUGAACAUAUGCCGUUUUUAUUUCAAAUGUUCACGCCAACAUUAACUUAUUUAAGCAAAUGGUGUUUCUUGCCAUUUUGAUGCUGAACGAGAAACCUUGCGCACUGCAGUAAACGAUUCUUUUAUUAGAUAAAUUAUUAGGUACAUUAUAUACCAAAUCAUUAUUUUGUUUCUUUCAUUUGGACUAGUCAAGACUGUGUUUAUCAAGACGACUGAAAAUAAUAACAAAAAACCCUGCAAAACCAUGGGCCGUUUGUUUUUUUUAAAUUAGCAACAAAGCAACAGGAAACACAUUGGUUGGGAGGAGAGGAUGCAAGCUUUGGUUGGGAGAACGCACAACCCGCCCUUUAAUAAUCGCACAUGAAUACAUUUCACCCAGUUUUCGUGAUGAAAGUAUUACGCAGAAAAAGGAUUGUUUUAUUUAUCGCCUACAUUUUGCUUAUAAUUUUAACCAUGCUGAACCUGGCUAACUAUAAAUGGACUAAGGAGCCACAGCAAUGCAAUCACCAGAUGAGAAGCACUCCCUACCAGAGCCGGUCAGAUAUCCGUUAUUUAUACAGAUCAUCCAUGCCUAAAAAGAGACAGCUCGUAUACGUUCUUACCACAUGGAGAUCUGGAUCGUCUUUUUUCGGUGAGUUAUUUAACCAAAAUCCUGAGGUGUUCUUUUUCUAUGAACCGAUGUGGCACAUCUGGCAGAAGCUGUACCCGGGGGACGCUGUGUCUCUCCAAGGCGCUGCUAGGGACAUGCUGAGCUCUUUAUACCGGUGUGAUCUUUCUGUUUUCCAGCUUUACAACUCGCCGGGAGGCAAGAAUGUAACUUCCCUUGGGUUAUUUGGGGCUACACUAAACAAAGUGAGCUGUUCCUAUCCUCUUUGUUCAGCAUAUAGGAAAGAUGUGGUCGGUAUGGUGGAUGAUAAAGUGUGUAAAAAAUGCCCCCCGCAAAGCCUGAGGCUGCUGGAAGAAGAAUGUCUCAAGUACAGCACUGUUGUGAUUAAAGGAGUUCGCAUUUUGGACAUCAAUGUUUUAGCUCCAUUGAUGGAGGAUCCGUCUUUAGACGUGAAAGUUAUACACUUAGUCAGAGACCCCAGGGCGGUGGCAAAUUCCCGAAUUAAAUCGAGGCACGGCUUGAUAAGAGAAAACUUGCAGGUUGUGAGAAGCAGGGACACGAAACUUCGCAGGAUACCAUUUGUGGACCCAAACCACAAAAUGAACAAAAAAGACGGUUCUGAUUACCAUUCCAUUGGGGCAAUGGAGGUGAUAUGUGACCGGACCACAAAGACUCUUCGAACUGCGCUAAACCCGCCCAGUUGGCUUAAGGGGAAAUACAUGGUGGUACGUUAUGAGGAUUUAGUUGAAGAUCCUAUAAAAACUGUAAGAGGCGUGUAUCGCUUUGUAAACCUGUCUGCUAGUCACGACAUCGAGUCUUUUGCACUUAACAUGACGAGUGGGUCCAGCUCUUCCUCCAAACCUUUCAUCGUCUCCUCCAGGAAUGCGACGCAAGCAGCUAGUGCUUGGAGGACUGUGCUAAAUUUUCAGCAGAUUAAACAGGUGGAAGAUUAUUGUCAUCAUGCUAUGACAUUCCUAGGUUACGAACGUGUUAAAACCGCUGGAGAGGUAAAGGAUUUGAGUAAGUCUCUUCUGACAGUUCCCAAACUGUGAAAAUGUUAUCACCAAAGACCAUAACAAUGUAUGUUAUUUAAUCAGCGUUUUAAAGACUUUCACAGCACAUACUGAGCGAAUGUAGUUUCUUUUAUUAUCAUUAUUUUUUUUAAAAUAAAAAAAGAUAAUGUAGUGUAAUGGGUCGAGACCACUGAACGUUUUUAUAAACGAUGUUUAAAAGAUAAGUCGGCCUAUACAUUUUACUGUUUACAUUUUUCAACUAUAGAAACGUGUCAGUUGCUUUUGACUCCUAACACCACUAUUGAGGAGUUUAUGUACAUACUUCCUAAAUCUUGUUGCGCAUAGGCCCAAUCCAUGUUGUUAUAUUGAACAUUGUGACAGAACUGUUUUGAAGUUGAACUCAUAAAGAUGCUUGCACUUAAAAUGUGUAUGUUUCAUGCAGACAUUGUGCAUGUAAGUACUGGGCCAGUGUUAACAAAGACAAUCAUUAAAGAAAAAAGAAAGAAAAAUAUUGUCAUUUGGUUUAAGUUCACAACUUAAUUUAACUUUUCUGUGUUAGAUACAGAAAAAAGAUUUAAACCUUGUGGUACUUUGACUGUAGAUUCACCUAAAAAUGCAAGCUUCUGUCCUUGAAGCCUUCCUCUCAGUCUGAGUUUCUUACAUAACUUUUUUUUUUUUUAAUUCGAUAUCGCUCGAUAUAUAUUAAAUACUUGUCAAAAUUGGUCCAUAAAUUAAAUUCAAUUUCUGAAAUGUGUAAUAGCUAUUUUUUAAAACGUUAUUGCGCACGGUAUUUAAAAUGAUACAACUUUUAAAUUUCUACAUAUAUCAGCAUCAAAAUGCUGUUAUAGUGCCUUUGUUAACUGUGAACAUAACUCCUAGGGAAGUAUUCCUAUUUGUGAGAUAAACAGAUUUGUGCAUUUGGAAAGGACUAAUCUUAACCUUCUCUUAAAAAAAAAAUGCAGGUGUUUGUAUUUUAGUACAGGGAUUCGCCGCAGUUAACUGUUUAAAAAAAAAAUAAAUAAAUAAAUACGUUUCUACCAAUAGUUUAAUACACCACCCUACAAGUAAAUCAUGAUCAUCAAACAUAUGUAUUUAUAGGAAUAGUAAUAGUCAUAUUAAAUAGACAUAGAAUAUUAAAAGCCUUGCAUUACACACAUCUCUCUUUAUAAUUCACAGAAUAGUCAAUAUUUCAAAUACAUAUGUAGUUGUGAAACAUGAAAACCUGCUCUCUCUGCUGUAUUUCCACAGCUCAACCCUGUACUGCUGAAGUAUCCAGCUUGUUCCUUCUGUGGAGGCUGGGGGGAUUGAACCAGUCAUGUGAUUAUGCUUGUGCAAGGAAAUUGAAGCAUGCAUUAAAGAAUUUAACUUUUCUUUUUGGGCUGAACAGCAAGAUCUCAAGUCUGUUAUCACUCUGUAAAUCAGGUCUCAGUUUCUACAACAUUGCCAGUACAGUAAUGCUUUAGCUUUGUGCAUUACAUUUAGGAAUCGGAAUGUGAUCUUGAAAAUUACUUUCUUUGACAGGAAUGUGGACCAGUUUGCAGCAUAUCAGAAAUGUGCAUUUGUAUUUUGACCAAAUAAAACCGUUUGCAAGCAUUGAGCAAGCAUGGAUAUGACUUCAUAAAGACACUAUAGUAUAUACUGUAGUGUAGGGCUAAAUAUGA